AUGUUCAGGAACAACUACGACAACGACUCGGUCACCUUCUCGCCACAAGGCCGCAUCUUCCAGGUCGAAUACGCACAAGAGGCGGUCAAGCAGGGUUCAGUCGUCGUGGGCAUUGUCAGCAAGACACACGCAGUUCUCGCAGCAAUCAAGCGAAAUGCCGAGGAACUCUCUUCAUACCAGAAGAAGAUCAUCCCGAUAGAUUCCCACUUUGGUGUCGCCCUCGCCGGUCUCGCCUCCGACGCCCGCGUUCUCUCCAACUUCAUGAAGCAACAAUCCCUCGCAUCCCGCCUCACCUACGACCGCGCCAUCCCCCUCUCCGAGAUCACCUCCCGCAUCGCAGACCGUGCCCAGACCAACACGCAGCAGUACGGCCGGAGACCCUACGGCGUGGGCCUGCUCAUUGCCGGCGUUGACGCAAAGGGCCCGCAUCUGUUCGAGUUCCAGCCCAGCGGUGUCACACAGGAGAUGGUCGCAUGUGGUAUCGGCGCUAGGAGUCAAAUGGCGAGGACAUACCUCGAGAGGCAUCUGGACGACUUUGAGAACGCUAGCCGGGAGGAGCUGAUCAAGCAUGCACUGAGAGCACUGAAGGAGUCGCUAUCGCAGGACAAGGAGUUGACUGUUGACAACACCAGCGUCGGCAUCAGUGGCGUCGGCGAGGACUUUGUACACCACGAAGGUCAGGAUAUCGCUGAGUGGUUGGAUGCUACGUUUGAGAAUAGGGAGGGCGGGGAUGAGGCCGAGGGUGGAGAAGCUAUGGAGGAGUAG